AUGGUGAUUCCAAUCCAGUCGCGUCUUAGCGGCCUAUCGCCGACUAAAUCGGCGAUCCUGGCACCUGUUGCUAGUAACGACUCUGCUGAGUUCGGCUUCAGCUACAGCGGUAGCUCAUUUGAAUGCUCGCCCAUCUCCACUCCGUCUGCUCCUCCACCAACACCCGCCGACUCGUUGACCGAUAUCCACCCUCGCAAGUCGUCCUUCUCCAGUGAGUAUGGAAUGGGAGCCGCCUGUGCUUUCCCAUCCUGGCCAAAUCGCCCCUCGCUGUACAGUGGCGACCACAGCGACUCAUUUGUCAACAACGCGUACCUCACCGACGAGGAUCUCCUCUGGAUGCCCGAGAAUGCGGGUAUCGCCGAAUGUUGCGAAGAGAUCGAGCAACAGCCCCAGAUCUUCUCCUCCAUGACUAUGGAACAACAGCUCAAGCUGGUCCGCGCUGCGGCCGAGGAGGAAGACCGCGCCCGCUUCAUGGCCAAGGUCGAGGCCCAUGCUCGAGCCACCCAAGUCGUGCGACAAGCCAAGUUGGCCCGAGUCUGCGAGUCUGAGUCCAACACCAGCUCUACUACUGCCACUAUCACUCCCAAGCGCAGCAGCAAGAAGCGUCGUCCCGUCCUGACAUCCAAGCGUCGCGCCCACUCGUCAUCAGCCAAGGUCAUGACCAGCAACUGA